GGGCUCGGGCUGGUUGGUCGGGACUCCUGACAAGUCCCGCAGAAAAACUUCAGAGGGGCAAAGUCCAGCGCGAGUGUGAGGGAGACGGGGUGGAAGUUAACGUGUGAGAGCGUGCUGGCCACAAAAUCACAUGCCAAUUUAAAGAAAUGCUGCAAAGAUGGCGGUGGUAAUAGCGACGGGAGUUUCAGGUGCCUCCGGAGUGCAAAAAAGUGGCUUUGUGGAGGUUUUGGUGCGGGAGCGGUGGCACAAAGUUUUGGCCAACUUGAACGAGGAAGCGCUGACGUUAAGCUGCGAGGAGAGCGGCGUUAACGACGACGCCAGCGACUGUGUCAACUCGAACGGCGUUACCAACGGAUCUUACCUUGAUAACAACAACACCAACUCCAACAACGGCCCCCAAACUGUGCGCACCGCCUUCACGGACCUCCCGGAGCGGGUGCCCGAAGCGAUCGCCAACAGAAAGCGGUGCGUCAAGGUGACCAAGCAGGAGAUCGGGGGACUUGGGAUCAGCAUCAAAGGUGGGAAGGAGAACAAAAUGCCCAUCCUCAUCAGUAAGAUAUUCAAGGGGCUCGCGGCGGACCAGACCCAGGCUCUGUACGUCGGGGACGCCAUCCUGUCCGUGAACGGCAUGAACCUGCGCGACGCGACCCACGACGAGGCUGUGCAGGCGCUGAAACGGGCCGGGAAAGAGGUGACACUGGAAGUGAAGUACAUGCGCGAGGCCACGCCGUAUGUCAAAAAGGGCUCCCCUGUGUCAGAGAUCGGCUGGGAAACCCCGCCUCCGGAGUCUCCCCGCCUUGGCAGCCCUCCCAUCACCUCGUUAUCUGACCCUCCGAGCCCUCCUACCCAGCCGUCCCUGUCUCUGCAGGGCGACAGGAGGUGCAUACCGCUGAAGAUGUGUUAUGUAACCCGAGCCAUGACCACACCAGACCCUGAGAACAGACAACUGGAGCUGCACUCCCCGGACGCCAGGCACACCGUGGUGCUGCGGUGCCCAGACCAACCAUCUGCCCUGUCGUGGUUCUCUUCCAUGCACUCUGUCACAUCCACACUGGCACAGCGGGCGCUGGCUGAGGUCAUCCAGAACACAGCCAGGACGGGGGUUGCUGGCAGCAAAGAGAUACGACACCUGGGAUGGCUGGCAGGGAAGACAGAGAGUGAGAAGCAGAGCUGGAAGCCGGUGCUGGUGGUGGUGACAGAGAAAGACCUGCUGCUGUUUGACAGUCUACCACGAGGCAAGGAGGCCUGGCAGAACCCUGCACACACUUAUCCACUUUUAGCAACACGUCUGGUACACUCUGGCCCCGACCGGGGUUCGCCUCACUCCGGCACAGAGCUGUUCUUCGCCACUCGGACCGGCACGAGACUCGGCAUCGAGACUCACCUGUUCCGGGCUGAGACCACCAAAGAUCUGUCCCUGUGGACCAGACACAUAGUCAACGGAUGUCACGCCUCAACUGAGAUGAUCAGAGAAGUCUCUACGAGUUGUCUAUACCAGGGCCAGGAGUGCCGGCUGGUGAUCCACUAUGAGCAGGGCUUCUCUGUGCUGGCUGACCCCACACUGGGAGACAGGGAGGAGGUGGAGGAGAGAGGAGCUCACACGCCCACCAGGCCCCGGGUGCUCCUCUCCUACCCUUAUGAAAAGCUAAAGAUGUCCUCGGAUGACGGGGUCCGCAUGCUCUUCCUCGACUUUGGAGGGAAGGAGGGGGAGAUUCAACUGGACCUCCACUCAUGUCCGAAACCGAUCGUCUUCAUCCUACACUCCUUCCUCUCUGCAAAGAUCUCCCGCCUGGGUCUGGUGGCCUGACCUCUCUAAAGGGACACUUCAUCUCCUUUGAAAACAGAAAUCCACCUUGUUUUUCCACCUCUCUGCAGCCCGCAUGCAGUACAUCCUGUCAAACUCCCUCAGCCGGGGACCCAAGCUGAGUGAAUGUAGCCUCUUUCUGGAAAUUAACCUUUUUUGACUCUCUGGAUCCACAUUAAAGAAACACUGGAGAAACCAUUCCAGAUUGGUUUUGCCUUGAGUGAAAUGGACAGAUUUCUUUGGGAUAACCCCCCCCCCCCAAAUUAAGGGCUGCAUGGACUGAAGUGUUGACUGAAGAACCACAGAAAAAAACAUGGACUGGACUAAAAACAGAGGGAUGAUGUGUACGGACAGAGGGACACAUUUAAAGGAGCAGUUUGGGCAUUACUGUCACGUCCAUGAUUGGAAGGACUGGACAUGUGCAGCAGGGUUGAGAUCAGUUCACUUUUAAUCCAAUCAAAAUGCAAUGGCAAACUGCCAUCCAUUUACCAAUUAUAUAAUUUAUUCACCAUUAGUUCUGAAAGGACAUUCUGAAUUUCACUUGGUCAUUUUUCUUCACCAGACACUUGACACUGUGGAACAACUUUAUGCAUUUGUCUUUGUUAGCGAUCCCUGAAAUGUCUUGUUAGCUGUGUUAGCAUUGAUCAUUGAAACUGAGAGGCACAGUCGCCCGCUCAGUUUCCCACAGUGUGACAGCUGACUCAAAUUCAAAAUGUCACAGCAUUCUUUUAGGGUUCUCGGUUGCAUGUGGUGAUCAUCUGUGUUUGACUGAUCUGACAGUAAUCUGUUCAGUCAGUUCUAACAUCUUCAAAUAUAAGGAAAGGAUUGGCUUCAAUUAACAGGAAUUAUAAUUUACUCAAGCUUUCAGAGUUUUUUCAAUCAUAUUUAAAUUCCAUGUACUAUUAAUCAGCCAAAAACAGGAGAAACUCACCUCCAACUUGUGAAAAAGUAAAAUACUCUGGGGAUGCAGAAGGCAUUCACUGUUGUGUUUCUGAUACAUACAACUUCAGUUUCCACAGAAUUAUUACAGAAUGACAGUAUUAAAUAUGCAUGGAGGUUUAUGACAAGGAUAAAGAUGCAUAUGAUUAAUAUUUCCUAAAUAGGACUCUAAUCAAAAAAUAUAUUCAUAUUCACAGUACUUUGGUUUUGAGAUUUUGACAAUGUAAUUUUAAGGAAUAGUUUGAUCUCAUAAGGAAGAGUGCUUUUUUUGCAGAGAGUUAGGCUGGAUAUUUUGCUUGCUUUUUAGCCAUAUGUUCACAUAGACAACUGGCUGCGUCAUGAACAAAAUUGUACUUACUGUACGACAUGUGUUAUUGGAGGAUACCACUAGAGGGCACACCAGAGACCUCAGCCCACAUUCAGCUUCCAGAUUUGCAUGAUCUAAACACUAAACACAGCAACACUGCUGCGAUCUCAGGAUUUUGUUAAUUCUGAGAUCACAGCAGAAACGUCGGCAGCCGCGCCAUCGCAGGUGUUAUGUAAGACCCCCGCUACACUGUGACAAUGGCAAGUGUGUUUCUCUCGUUAUGCCAGCCCUAGAAACCGGCUCCACCAGUAUUUCUGAAUGUCGCCACACGACACACACAGUGACUCAGUCAGUUCAGCAGAGUUUCUUGCUUUCAUCCUCCACUUUCUAGCGACAGGCAUCUGCUGCCAUCCCCCUACAGCCCCUACACUGCCCCUGCUGUUAACGUGUGUAUUGCAUCUUGCAUACACGUAGCAUUAAUUCCUGAGGAAGUGCACAAGCAAUGCUCCAAACACAUGCAGGACAUGCAAGGCAGCCAUCGUAUGCAUGCAAACGUAUGUUAAAGCAAGCAAAUCUCUGGUAUAUCUGUGUCUGUGACAUGUGUAAAAAAAACUAAAAAGUCAAGCCAGCAGCCAGUUAGCUUAGCUUUGCUUAAUUGCUGCCUCUGUCCAGAGGUGACAAAAGCCACCUGCAGGCACCUGUAGAGCUCAAUAAUUAGCACGUUCUAUCUCAUUUGUUUAAUUUGUACUGUGCUAAUAGGCAGUUAGCCAGAAUAGCUUGAUGCAGAUAAACACAUACAUCUGAAAGUAAGCAUGUGAUAAUGUUUUGAAACACUUUUUAAACAGCUGCUUUAGCUAAGUUAGCGUAAAGACUCAUCAAACCUUUGCAAGAAGUAGUCUGGCACACAACCUCCAGUAAAAAUGCGACAUUUCUGCACUUUAGUUUUUGUAAAGGGCGUUUUAGAGCUUCUGGUAGGUGGAUUUUGUUACCAUUGGACAGAGCCAGGUUAGCAGUUACCCUGUUUCCAGUGUUUAUGCUAAGCUAACCAGCUACAGGCUACAGCCUCAUAUUUAACAGACAGAUAUUUAGUCGUAUCGAUUUGUGAAUCUAACUCUCAGCAAAUAAGUGCAUUUCCUGAAACGUUGAACUAUUCCUCUGAAGGUCUCCAAUCGGAUCAGACAUGACGACGCUGUUCGUUCGCUUCUUUAUUUCAGGACGAACAGUGAACUGUUCAAGAUCAUAAGGCCGAUUUAUCGACUGAAAUCAUUCAACGCUCUCUGAAGAACUGAUCGUGUUUGCCUGAGCAGCUGAACUACUCUCAUGUUCUACCCCAUUAAACAAACAUCCGCCAUGAGUACUUCUGAUAUUCACAUAAAACCAAAACUGAGUCAAAAGGUGCCACGGUCGCCCCUUCAAGUAUUAUCUGUCAUUCAUUAUAGCGAGGUAGCCAUCAUAGGAGUCUUAGAUCCCGCUGCGGUCCUGCAGUAGCCAGUGCAGGUCAUCAUCUUUCUGGAUGUUUUGCAGCAGAUCAGAUCUCUAUCCAGCACCGUCUCUGACGUGGUCGGCUGCCAGGUCCUUUCCUCGUGCCUUCAGAUGACUGAGAAGAAAACAUUUGGAUUUUGAGAGAAAUCGUAGAGACCAAACGGAUGAGUGUGGAGCAACAAUGUGACUUCUAUGACGGCUACUUUACUUUCGGUUAUGAGCACAGAAAUGUUGUGAUUGCUCUCUUCUUUAUAUCAAACACAGACACACACACACAUUUCCAGUGACCACUUACACACACACACAUACACACUGAGCAAUGAUUUACACACUGUAAUCCCACCACUCUCUAGAAGACAUAUCACCUGUUUUGUUGAUACUAAAUGAUAGUGGAGGUAUUGUAACACUUGUUCAGACAAGAAUCCAGCACUUACUGAUAACCUCAAGUGGAGUGAAGCAAAGGCUGCUUUGAUAUGCAGAAUACUCUGAUGCCUUCGGCAGCUACUGUACUGUCACUCAGAAUGAUGAAGCUUAGUUUUUAACCCAAACAGUGCACAUAAAAUCAUGUAUUUA